AUGGCUCCAAGUGCUUCACACCUUAUGCCUUCAACGGAAAUUAUAACAACCAACACACUUAUUGUUACCAAUCUUGACCCUUUAGUAUUUUUAGCAGGGAAUUUUAUGAAAAUUAAAGCAAAAUUUGAACAAUAUGGGUCAAUAUAUAAAUUAAUUCCAAUCAAAUCAUUUAAUCUUUAUGAUGAUGAAACAGAUAAAUCGAAACAUCAUCUUAAUAUACCAGUAUUAGAAAAAAAUAGGUUAGAUUCACCACCAGGAUCACCAAAAACCUUAGUUGAUGAUUUAGGAUAUAAACUUGUAAAUAUUAAUUUAAAUAAUAGUAAUAGCAAUGGUGUUAAUGUUGUUGAUACACACAAUGAAGAUUUUUCUUUAGACAAUAAUAAUGGAGGAGCAGAUAACAGUCACAAGGAUGAUGUUCCUAUGAUUUUUGUCCAAGAUUGGGAUGACUCAUUAUCACCAUCUACUUCAUUAUCAUCACCAUCAUUAUUAUCAUCAAUCACAUCAACAUCAAGACCAUCAAUCAUCUAUUAA